AUGGGGUUCGAUAAUCUCAUGCUCUAUCUCGAUGAGAGCAUUACAGGUGUUCUCAGCGAUUGGGAUCUUUAUUCAACCUUAAUUGUUACUGUUCUCAUCGGCUUCUUUGUGUACACAGUUGUAACAUCUCGCGAUCCGGAUUCACAUCCUAUGCUCUUAGCCCGUCAAUCACAGGCAUCUCCAGUCAGACAAGAAGGACAAUCUGCCGUCUUCAGAAAUCACACUUCCCCCCAUGGCAUACCUCUCAACUCAGGACUCAACGUCAAAGACCCUGGUGAUUCGAAAUGGACCCCAGGGCGCAAUGGUGACUUGAGAGACAUCUGGCGUAAAGCAGUCACUGGGGCUGUCGAUAGGGAAGGGAAAGAAACUGGAGAUAUUGGCAGCCUCAUGACAAUACAUGGUUCCGAUAAACUAGUCACUCACAAGCUUGCCGAUAUUACUCGUCAGAUCAACUUGAUUGGUCAACAUAUCAAGCAAAAUGGCGGAACUAACGUUGCAAUAUAUUUACCAAACUCUAUCGAAUACAUAGCAACGUUGUUCGCUUGUGCCUUCUACGAUCUCAGUGCGAUACUUCUGCCAUAUGACGAAUCUCCCGAAAGCUUAAUAGAAUUGAUACAAAAGUCCAAAGCGGAUACGGUCAUUGCAGCUGUUGGUUCUUUCCCAUUUGAUGUAGUGACAAAGUCAUACCCCGCUUUGCAGCAAAUGAUAUGGGUGGUGGAUGAUGGCAGCAAGCAUAUGGACUGGAAUGAAAUUCCAAAGGGUACUGGCGGAGCUGUGAAUGUUUCUACCUGGCAAGAGAUUCUUCAAGAUCAGGAGGCUCAUGCAGGUUCCGAACUUCCCGUCGUUGACAAGAAUGAUAAGGAGCCUAACAAAGUCGUUGCAUUCUGGCCUAAUGGAGAACUCGUGGAAUACACUCAAUCAGUGCUGGUGGCCGGUGUUUCCGGUCAACUCUCCUCCAUACCCACUAUUCAACGUAUCACAUCUAAAGAUCUUUUUCUCUCAGCGGAACCACUAUCAAAGAUCUAUCCUUUGAUCCUAACUCUUUCUGCACUUUACUCAAAUUCUUCCGUCGCAUUAACAUCUGUUGCCAUCAAAGACCCCGAUCUCGUUCUGGCAACGAAGGGUACAUCCCCAACGAUUGUGGUUGCUUCUUCCACCACUCUCGCGAAACUCCACGCAGAAACCAAGGAUAACUUAACUUCCCCACUCUAUCAAGUCAUCCACUGGUUUCAAACUCGAUCCUUGGUACAGAAUGGUGUUAUGCCUCUUGCCACCGUCUUUUCCCGCAUGUACGAUCAUCUUCGCCCAAUCAUUGGCACAACGCCUGGGAAACUUCGCUUAAUUUACGUUUCCGAACCUGUUGGUGCACCGUCAACACCUUUGAGCGCUGAAAUGCUCUCAGAUCUCCGUAUUUACACAGGCUCAAGAAUUGUGUACGCCCUUACAGCAUCAAAGGUGGCAGGCGCUGUCUCUCAAACUGGUAUAUAUGAUUACAGAGUAGACGAUGGUUCAGAGAAAUACUCGCACUUUGGAGCGCCUCCUCCAUCCGUCGAGAUCUUUUUGAAGGAUACCAAGGAGUAUCAAACUUCUGACACAUUUUCCGUUGGACAGAUCACGGUAAGAGGCCCUGCCGUCGUAGGAGGAGAAGCAGACUUGGGUAUCGCAGGAAAGAUGAAACCAGACCACACACUCGCUCUAAUUUCAUGA